AUCGCGGUGUUAUUGUCAUCGACUUUUGCCUUCUGCCCUUCGAUCUCCUCCACGAGAUUUCUUCUGCUUCGCCCUCACGGAGGUUCUCCAUGUUCGAUUCAUCUCCAAGGCACCUGCUUUUGUGUCCGCUCACAACUUCCACCUGCCUCUAUUCAAGAUCCCCUUCGUGAGAGGUCUUCUUCUGCUACGAGAAGUCAAUGCGGAGCUUGGAGGCGAUGGUGGUCGUGCUCAGCGUGUCGCUGGCGCAGGCGCGGUCCAUGUACUACCCAUUCGGCGGCGAGGUCAUGGCCAACUCCCUCGGCGAGCCGGAGUGCUUUGUAACGGCCACAGCGCCGACUUUGCUGGUGCCUACGUUGACGUGGUGCUCUGUAACGGCCACGGCGUCGACUUUGCUGUCGCCUACGUUGACGUGGAGCUCUGGGAACUGGCACCGGGCGACCCCGACGACUCCGUUGAGGGCAAACUCAUGCCGAAGAAGAAGGCCGGAGUUUUCUGCGUCCAGCGGCCUCGUUUUGGCGUGCAAGUUCGACCACCGCGUCGCCGACGCCUACUCCGCCAACAUGUUCCUCGUCUUCUGGUUGGAGCUCGCCACUUCAGCCACGCCACCCACCUCUCUUCCUUAACAUUUACUAUAUAAUUGAAUAAGGGGUAAUAUAAUAAAUGUCAAGUUAAAUUAUACUAUUACUUAGGUUGAACCAAAUAAAUUUAGGAUUAUAUUUUAUUCCUCAUAAUUUUAGUUAUGUGAUUACUAAGUAAUCACAUAAUCAAGGUUAUGCUUGAUAGCUUGAACCAAACGUAUCCUUAUGGUUAUCCGAUAAUCUUGGAACUCUGGGGCCUGUUUUGAAAAUGCAGAUAAAGGUGAAGGAAUUUUGCAAAAGAAAUUGUGAAAACAAAAUUAAACUGGAAGGAUGAAAAACCUGAAGGCACGUGCGUAGCUAGUGGAUCCGUCGUCUUCUCCUUCUUAAAACCUCUCUGCUGCUUGACUGCUUCCCUCCCUAUCCGCCGUCUCCUCCUCCUCCUCUUCCUUGUUCGCUGCCAUGGAGUUGUUCGAUCACGCUAAGGCUGUGCGCCUCCGUAGCUACCACGGAAAGUACCUCAAGGCCGACGAGGACGAGGAGCACGUCACGCAGAGCCGCAACGGUUCCGCUCCCGGCGCCCGCUGGGAGGUCGAGUUCCUACCCGACUGCCCCACCUUUCGCCUCCGCAGUUGCCACGGCCGCUACCUAGCCGCUUCCGCCGAACACUUCCUCCUCGGCUUCACCGGCAAGAAGGUCGUCCAGCUCCAAUUCUUCCCCUCCCUCGACCCUAACCCUCCUUGCCUUAAAUGGGAGCCCAUCCGAGAGGGCUUCCAGGUCAAGCUCAAGAGCCACACUGGUAAAUUCCUCCGCGCCAACGGCAGCCUCCCGCCCUGGCGCAACUCUGUCACGCACGACCUCCCCCAACACACCGCCACCCAGGAUUGGGUCCUCUGGGACGUUGACGUCGUCGAGAUCCAAUCUUCCUCCGCCCCCGCCCGUGCGCCGGCUGUCUCCAUAAAGCGGUCCCCGUCUCCGCCCUCUUCCCCUCCCCGUCCUUUUGCCGAAGACUUUUCUUCACCUUCUGGGCCUUCUGAUCCGGAUGAGCUUCGCGAAGUCUCCUCAUCAUCGACCUCUUCUUCCAUGGCCGACUCUUCUCCUCGCGCCAACGCCAUUCACUCUCCACCAUCGUCUACCUCACAGAGAUCUCCUUCUCUUGCUGCUCAAGCUCCUGUCCCAGCACCUUCACUUGGUCGGACCAUCUACUACACCGUAGCGGAUGACCGUGGCAAUGUGGAUGACCAUGAGGAAUGGCCUUCAUUGACUUUUGUGGGAACAAGUGUACCCGAGUUGACUUUACUGUUGAAGAAGUUGACGAUGAUCGACGAUAUAAUUGUGUGCACUCGCCACCCACUAAAACACAACCUCAGUCCUAUUUAUUUACACCUGCCACCAAACAAUAGAGCAAUGCGGCUUGUCGUGGUGGAUGCUGAUUCUAGCUUUGGUAGAAGCUUCGAUAUCUGAAAGAAUCGCUGGUAGAUUUGGGGACUAUUCUUGCCUUUUCAUUCUUUCCAAAGUGUGCCAUUUUUUCUUCAAUAACUUCCACAGAGCUACAGAAAACUGGAAAAGUCUGCUCAUACCAUUAGCUUCAUCUACGAUUCCAUUGACAUCUAAGGAAGGAAGAAAGAAUAGUUAGAAAUUGUGUUACAUUUUAGCAUGUGUGAUGUAUUUUGUAUAUUAUGCUGGACGUCUAGAUACUAGCAUAUGGUGGAUAGAAAUAGGAAAGGUUGCACUUUGUACCAAGUAAAUUUUCUGAGUUUAUUUGAUUUUGUGUUCCGAAAGACAGUGGAUUUGAAUUUGGAUUGCUUGCACAUAUCUAUUAUAUUUUUUUU